AGUUCCGCGCAUGAACGUCACAUCUCGACGUCUCUUUUGGGAAAGUGGUGACAGAGGAAAGAACAGAGAACUGGACAAGUCUGAUUACCUGGCUCAUGAAGAGACCAAAACAGACGCAAAUACAAGGAACAGGGAAGCAGUCUGCACCCUGAGCAGGAUUAUGGGUUUAUUUUGCCCUCCUGUUUAAACAACAUCUGGCGCAUUUAAAAUCGGUUCCUGAGAUCCGUUUUGACACUGGAUUUUUUAAAUGAUGGAUAAGCAUCAGGACUUUAUUAUCCUAACUUUUUAUUAGACCACGUUUGGAUCUAUAAUAUCACUGUCUGUCAUUAUUGUCGGAAUACCAUUGUCCACUUUUGGAGUAUUUUUACGCACAGCCCUCUUGCGUUUGGAUGACUCUGCAAAUCAUUACUGCAAGCUUUCUGAAACGUGUUGGAACUUUUUGUGUGCUUUCAUACAUUUAGAGUUAGCACAUUAUCCUGUUGUCUGAUUUCUCAAGUGAAUCACCAGUAUCACAUCUCGCUUGCAAAGCAAGUCACAGCAACGCAGAUCGCUUAACGCCUUUCGCAGACUGACUGCGGGGCCUCCUAAACGGGGGUUGUUACCGUGUAUGCUCCUUCUUCAAUCUGUUUUGAAGAGUUUCUUAACUCUGGACGACAAUAUUAUCUACCAUCUGAAAUGCUUCCUCUGUCCCCCCUCUUGCUCCUCGUUUUCCCCGCUGUACUCUUUGUGGCCGCGCAAGGCGCCGGGGACCUCCAGGGUUUUACCUUCCCUGGUGGGAGCGCAGGAUUCGACCCAACAGAUCCCUGCAUGGUGGUGUAUCCACCAUGUAUGAGCGAGGCGGAUCGCUACAGCCUGGAGUCCCUGCGGAGCAUCCAUCAGAUGAUGGACGAUGACCAAGACGGAGGGAUUGAGGUGGAGGAGAGUGUGGAGUUCAUCAUUGAGGACAUGAAGCAGCAGCAGACCAACAAACACAGCCACCUGCACAGAGAAGACCAACACAUCACAAUUGAAGAGCUCUGGAGGGGCUGGAAGUCAUCUGAAGUACAUAAUUGGACUCAAGAUGACGUGCUUCGCUGGCUGAAGGAUUUUGUUGAGUUGCCCCAGUAUGCAAGGAACUUUAAGGACUUUAAGGUCAAUGGAAACACACUGCCCAGGAUUGCAGCCAAUGAGCCUUCAUUUCUGAGUGGCCAUCUGAGGGUUCAGGACCAGAGAGACAAACAGAAGCUUAACAUCAAAGCUCUUGAUGUUGUUCUGUUUGGACCGCCUACACGACCCCCUCACAACUACAUGAAGGACCUGCUGCUCAUUGUAUCAGUGGUGAUGGGAGUUGGAGGCUGCUGGUUUGCUGGGACCCAGAACAAAGCCAGUAAAUUCCAUAUAGCCAGGAUGAUUAAAGAUCUAGAAAGUCUGCAGAGGGCUGAACAGAGCCUCCUAGAUCUACAGGAACAACUGGAGCGAGCACAGGAAGAAAAACGUAAUGUGGCAGAGGCGAAACAGAACCUGGAGGAGAAGAUGAGGGAUGAGAUCAUGGGGGCGCAGGAAGAGGCUUACCGACUGCACGAGCUGAGGAAAGGAGCUGUCAGUGAGCUCAGCCGCCUCCGAUAUGCAGAGGAAGAGUUGGUGCAGGUCCGUGGAGCACUAAAGCAGGCGGAGAAGGACAUGCAUGCUAGCUCAACUGCCUCAGAGGCCCUCCAGCUGUGGUUGCAGAUGACACAUGAGGUAGAGGUCCAGUACUACAAUGUCAAGAGGCACAGAGCAGAACUACAGCUUGCUGUCGCAAAGGAAGAGGCAGAGAGGAUUAAGAAGAAGAGGAGUUCUGUGUUCGGGACUCUCCAGGUCGCCCACAGCUCUUCUCUAGACCAAGUUGACCAAAAGAUCCUGGGGGCAAAGAAUGCCUUGUCGGAUGUAACAGCCUGCUUACGGGAGCGCCUCCAUCGAUGGCAGCAGAUCGAACGCCUCUGUGGCUUUCCCAUCAUUAGGAAUUCUAGCCUAGCAAACCUCACUGCUCAGCUCUACUCAGACUCAAUUGCCCUGGGGUUUCCUAGAGUGCCCCAGCCAUCCUGGUCAUGUCACAGCUCCGUCCAUGGAUCUAUGGAUAAUCUGUUAGAAGAGUCUGCUUCUCCAAUCUUACCACACAGGCCUAUGCCAGUUCAAAUUCCACCACUGAAGCCCUCUCCUCGAACACAGGGAUCCGCAAAAUGUCGGUCACGUCGUCCUGGCACGAUCACUCAGUCAUCGGUUACCCUGAUCUCCACGGACCCUGACCUUCUAAUCCCCAUCCGAGCACCAUACCCUUGCGAGGAAGAGGGGCUCUUCCGGAAAACUCUAAAAAAACAAGAGUCCCAAGAGAUGUUCUCAGACACAGAAUAUAUGCCUUCACCUCCUCUCAGCAAAAGGUUCCCUAGACCUACUGUUGACGCUUCCCCUCAAAAGCUCUAUCAUGAUGAAACUGAGUUAUUUUCAGACAGCUUCACUGUAAAGUCUUUGACUAAAGAAGUAGAAGCUGUGGUUGAAUUCCCUGUUCGUAAAACUCAUAUAGAAGACCUUGAAGCUUGUGUAGAUGUUUCCUGCAGGAAGAUGGCAAAAGACAAAAUGUUGGAUAGUUCAUUGGAAAUCCCUUCUUUGAAAAUGUCCAAAGAAGAGCCUUUGAUAGAGGCUACAUCAAGGAAGAUAUCCAGAGACAGGAGUGAAGUUCCCAUGGAUGUUGCUGUUAGAAAGGUGCUUUCCAAUGAGUUGGAUGCAGAAUUCCAAGCGAGGAAAGUCGAAAGAGAUACAACUAAGGACUUGAUGGACACUUCUUCAAGGAAUGUAUACAGAGAAUUAAGUGAUUUACCUCUGGAUGUGAGAAAGAUUAUUUGGAAUGAAUUAGAUGCAACAACAGAUGUGGCACCUAGAAAGAUAUCAAGAGAUAGGAUAGGGGCUUCGAUGGACAGUGCAUCAAGAAAGAUGACACAAGAUGAUGUUGAGAGUCUAUUUGACUCAGUGUCCAGAAGGAUUACAAGAGAUUCAAUGGGAAUGUCCCUUGACACAAGUUCUAGAAAUCUUCCAUGGAAUAAAGAAGACUGCCAGCUUGAUACCUCUUUGAGGGCAUUAGCAAUGGACAACAUUAUUGAGGCCACUAGAACACCAUCAAGAAAAAUAUCUAGAGAUGAGCUGGAGUAUUGUACAGAUAUUGCUUCCUUAAAAAUGCUACCCAGAGAGAGAUUGGAAGCAUUUAUGGAUACCUCGUCCUCUACAGAGAAGCACGAGUUUGGUUUAGGACCUUCAAUAAGUAGGAGGAUACUGAGAGAUGAACUUGAGAUGUCUGCUGGUUCUCUCAGAAGGAGAAUACCAAGAAUGCUAAGAGAUGAUAUUGACACUUCUAUUGACACUCCCACAGGAAAAAUGUCCUGGGAUAGAGUUGAUGUUCCAAUGGAAAUACCCAAACAAUCAAUACUGAGGGAGGAAUUGGGAGCGUCCGGAUCAAGUUCAUCUCCAGGUCGAAUUGGACAGCCAGACCUUAUGGUCACCUCCCAGGCACCAUGUAGGUUGUCAUCAGAACUUUUCACUGGCCCGUUGAGCCAGUUUGUGUAUGAUGGAAUCCUUGAGAAGUCCUGUCACUCCGUGGCUACGACCCCAACCAGCCCAUCUGCCUCAACACCCAACCUGCCCCAGAGCCGGCUGUUGGCAGAUGUGGAGCCACCAUUGCCACCACCAAGGAUUGCUUUCCAAUCUCCUGCUUCGCCCCCUGAGAUUGGAGAUGAGAAGAACAAGCAUAAGGAAAAGAGCAAGAAAUCCAAAAAGCUCAAAAAUCUUUUUAAAAAGAAAACUGAGUCAACUUCAGAGAAGCCUCAAAGUGGCCUUCAAAAACUCUGACGAUGAGUUUAGAAUGUUUUCCUUUUUUUAAUUAUAAUUUUAUUGAACUAGAUAAUAAGAGUUUCAGAACGUCAUUGAUGAUAUCUGGUAUGGAAAGCUGAAGUUAUUAAGUCUUAUGUAGACAUAUGGUUAAUACCAUAUAUUAUUUAGAUGCAGAUCUUUUGAGGCUUAGCCUACGGUUGAAGGAUUAAAUAAUUGUUUUUAAUGACGCUAGUUUUCUUGUAUAACAGACACAAUGCUUGAAUUGAAUAUAAACCUCCAAUAAAGACAUUUACUACAGUAGAAAACAAAUGCAUUCUAUUCUGUAAGACAUUUUUUAUUUAUUUAUCGACCUUUCAAUCUCUUUUUCCUCCUGAUUCGAUUCGAGGAUAUUGAGUAUGAAACAGAGAUUGAUCUGACAUUUUUAUAAUUUUCUUUCACAUUGUACACAUUGAGAUACGCAACAUAAUUUAAAGGCCCCAAAAAUCUAUUUUGUCAAUAAGAUUCUUGCUAAAUAAAUGGGGUUUUGAUUAUCUCGCAUAACACAUUUCUAUUUUUUUCCUCCGUUUUCUUCUCAAUGGUUUGAAUUGGGUGGGGUCAGUAAAAACGUGAUGUAACAUAUUUCCAUGCACCAAUCAGGAUUUAGAAACAUAUAAAUCAGAAUCUGAUGACAGGUGCAGCGUUGUUUAAUUAUGAAAUUAUCAAACCAAACCUUCACAACAGAUAAGUUAAGUUUUUUAGGUUUAGACUCUUAAUUAAAAAUAUCUCAUGUUUUUCUGUUAAAUUUACAUUUUAUUGUUGCUUAUUUAGUCUUGACUAUUUAUUUUUACUCAGGAUUUACUUAGGAUUUGAAACCAAGUUUUCAGGGGCCUUAAAUACUGUAUGUUUGACAGCUGAAUAGGUCUGCACUUGGAAAAUAUAGCCUGCAGCAAAGAAUAAUUAAUUUUGUAACAAAAAAAGAAAUAAAUCUUUUAAUGCUUUCAUAUAAUAUUUUGUAUAGAUUGUCCAAUAAUGUUUUGUAUUUUUAUGGAAAAGGUUGCAUCUAUGGAUCUGCUGUAGCACAAAGCUUUGGACAGUGUUUAGACAGCCUCUUUGUUUCAUUUUUUAUUUAUUUCCAGAACAAUCAAAAGUUCAAAUGCACAUGCUGUCAUAAUUGAAACUGCUUUUUAUUUAUUUUCUGAGCUUGGAAAUAGGUCAACCUUAUCAA